GAUUGAUCCAGACCAGACCAGCAACUGAGCACAGCCUCCACCGCCAACGACUGAGCACCGCCUCCACCAGCGACUCCAUUCUCCAGUCCAGCCUCCAGCACCAGCAGGCAGCAGCAACUCCACUCCAGCGACUCCAACAGCGACUCCACUCCAGGGAAUAAAUAUGGGGAUGUCUUCGAAAAGAUCAAAAAAAGAACAAGAGAGUGACACGGGUUCGGAGGAUGAGGGCGACAUGGAAAAUCAAAUGCUCGAUGUGGAGAACGAGUUUGACGAUGACGAUGACGAUGACGAAGACAAUGAUGACGACGAUGAGGAAGAUAAUAUAGAAGAAGAUGGUUACCAGGUGCAAAAUGAUGACAUAAAAAAUGCGGAGAUGGAAGAACUUGAGAAAGAAUAUAUGGGUCUUCGUCACGAGCAGGGAAUAAAUAUGGGGAUGUCUUCGAAAAGAUCAAAAAAAGAACAAGAGAGUGACACGGGUUCGGAGGAUGAGGGCGACAUGGAAAAUCAAAUGCUCGAUGUGGAGAACGAGUUUGACGAUGACGAUGACGAUGACGAAGACAAUGAUGACGACGAUGAGGAAGAUAAUAUAGAAGAAGAUGGUUACCAGGUGCAAAAUGAUGACAUAAAAAAUGCGGAGAUGGAAGAACUUGAGAAAGAAUAUAUGGGUCUUCGUCACGAGCAAGAUCUUUUGAAGAACCUAAAGCGUCAUAAAGAUGAGGAUGUUCUCAAAGGUCAAGCAGUGAAAAAUCAGAAGGCUCUCUGGGACAAGGCUCUUGAGUUCAGAUUCUUGCUGCAAAAACCAAUUUCAAGUUCCAAUAGACUCCCACAGGAACAAAUUAAGUCUUCAUUCUGUGAUACUGACAAUGGAGUCGAUGAAGCAUAUUCAGAUCUAAUUACCUCAUCAAAGAAGACCUUGGAUUCUUUACUGGAGCUACAGGAGGCACUACUUGAGAACAAUCCAUCAAUUAUUCAGUCUGCAGAUGGUAACUCUGGGAAAAAUUUCAAGCGAAUAGAAGCUUCUAGCAUCUUAAACAAGGAAGGAGAUGAAGAAUGGUUGCAAAUUUCUCAGAUGCAUUCUAGAAUAGCUCCUUUUAGAAACAAAGCAGUAGAUAAAUGGCAAAGGAAAACGGAGGUGACUACUGGUGCUGCUGCUAUUAAAAGCAAAUUGCACGCCUUUAAUCAGAGUAUCAGCGAACAAGUUGCUAAUUAUAUGAGGGAUCCGAGCAGAAUGAUUAAGGGAAUGCAGCAGAGGAGUGCAGCUAUUUCUAUAUUUGGAACUGACCCGAAUGCAGAUGGUGACCCUGAACUUCUGGAUGACUCCGAAUUUCAUCAGCAAUUGUUGAAAGAGUUUUUUGAGACAUUUGAUGCAACAUCAUCUGAGACGGCCUUUUAUGCUCUGAAGAGACUGCAAACUAAGAAAAGAAAAAUUGUAGACCGGCGUGCGUCAAAGAGUCGCAAGAUCAGGUAUAAUGUUCACGAAAAGAUUGUCAAUUUCAUGGCGGCUCAGCCCGUGGACAUUCCUCCAAUGGCCCCUAAAUUAUUUGCAGAUCUUUUUGGACUUAGAACUCAUAAAGCUCCCUCCAUGGCAUAACCAAACUUUCACCCAGCAGGAACACCAUAUGCCGAGGGAUACGCACACUGUAAAUUAUGAGGCUUGAACACUGGUUGACGUGUUCGCCUAUGUCUUGUGUUAGAUGAUUACGUUCAACAUUUUCUUAUGACAAAUUCUAUUGAAAUAUCCUUCAUAUCUAAACGCCGGACUGCCGCUACCAAUUUUACGUUGUUGGUUAGAGAGAGAAUUCUUGCCUGCUUUUGACCCAUUUGUUCUAGAAUUGUAUUACUUGGUGGAUUUUACUCUUUUAGGAAUUUUUUCGUAACCCCACAUGAAGAUCAAGUAAGACUGG